GGAUUACUAAUGUUAUCUCAUUGGCUAUUUUUGCGGGAUAUACCAUAGUAAUUCGUCAACGACAAAUUGUUUUAGAGAAAAAGAAUGGUAAAGAGCAGAAGCAGAUUGAUGAGUUGAAGAAGGAGGAAUUACAGGAAAAAGUUAAGCCAGGUGUGAAACCCUCCCAUUUAAAAAGAAGCAAAAGUCUGAAUGAUUUGCCUAGCCAAGAAAGUGAGGAAAUCUUUGUAGAUGCUCCGGAAGAAAAUGCCGAAGAACUAAAACAAAAAAUCACCCAAUUAGAAGACCAAAUUCUCCAAUUGCGAAUUAGCAAACUCAAAGAUUUUGGUGAUUACUGGGAAAAAAAUAAAGAACUGAAAAAAGAUUUAGAAAGUAAUAUUGAUUACGGAGUAAAAGAAAUUGAAAGGUUGGAAACUAAAUUACGCACAGUUAAUAAGAAAAAAUUUGAACUCCAAGAGCAAUUAGGCCAAAGUCAAAGUGAAAAAGCCCGAUUAGAAAUAAAAUUGAUAAAUGCGGAAAAUAAAGAGGCCAAACCCAUUGCCACCCGCACCGAACAAAUGGAAAAUCAGGUAUCUCAAAAAUUAAAUGAGUAUGGUGGCAAAGCCAGAGAACAGAUUAACAAACCUUUUGAUUAUUAUCGCAAGCAAGAAUCAUUUUAUCGGGUAGCCAAAUGGGCUACGGAAGUGGGAAUUGAUGUUAAUCAGAAGUGGAAUUUAAGGGAUUUAAAAGGUGAUAAUAAUUUGCCCCAAUUAAAAGAAGAAUUAUUUAGCCAAGGACAGAAAACUUUUAAUCAGUUAAAAGAACAAUUAAAUAAAUCUACCAUGGCCUGA